AUGAAGUGCUAUCAAGCACGAAAGGAGGGGGGCGGGGGAGAGUGCGAGCGACGAACUGUCAACGACGACCUGGCGGACGGUUGCGGUACAAGCGUAUCCAAGGUAGUGCCAGGACCACAACUGAUCCCAAGGUCCAAACGUGUGGCAGGGAGGUUUUAUUUUCAAUGGCGUGCCUCUCUAAGGAAGUUCAUGCACUGGGAACGACCGCCCAAAACUAAACGGGCGAGCUGGGAGGGAGACCCUGCCGUGGUAUUGGUGAGCAAAAGCCACGUCAAAGCUGACUCGACCCGACUCGAGCCGACACGAGGUCGGGGAGUUCAGCCGAUACUACUUGCACGCAAGAAACCGAUCUGCUGCGGUGUGAGUAGAAUGGCGCUGCGGAUCCUCUCGAACAUCAAACAGUGCGCAUCCGCCCUACAGAAUGGUAGCAACUCAGGACGUAUUGCCGCCAUCGUAACAUAG